AUGAUGAUAUGGCAUACUGCUUCUCUACUUCAUCAAAAAGUAAAAAAAUAUUAUCAACAUAAAAAAAAAAAAGGUCAAAGAGAGAAAGAAAAUAUGGUCAAAAAUUUUAAUAGUACCUCGAAAAGAGAUAGUAAUAAACAAAAAACAACAACAUUCUCAAUAACAGAACAAUAUACAGCAGCAACAUUACCACCACCUCCACCAAGAUCAUCAUCAACUAUUCAAUCGAUAGUAAUUGAACAAGAUAUUAAAGGAAAACUCAACUAUACACCGAUUAAAGUUAAUUUACAUUAUGCACCAUUCUUGUUUACUAUUGGUGGACAACAACAACAACAACAAGAUAAUAGUAAUAAAUUGAACAAAGAAUAUUGUUAUUCUUCUUCAUGUCAAUUUACAAGAUUAUUUUGUACUGAAAAGGAAAAGCCAUGGUCUGUCAACACUGACCCUAUUCAACCUCGUUGUAUUAGCCAUACCUCCGAUGGUGCAAGUCAAGUUAAAGAAGAAAGAGAACUCGGUCCACUAUUGAAUGCUUUUACAGCCUAUUCAAAAGAAUCAAUCUUUGUGUUUGGUGGUAAACAUAAUCCAAAACAAAUACUAAAAGCAAAGAUACAAAGAGAUACAUCUGUAUUGGAACCAUUCCAUCAAAUGUCUGUAGAAUUGCUCUACCCUCGGUACAAAUCAUCAUGUAUACAAUCACAUUCAGAACCAAGAUAUAUUUACUUUAUUGGUGGUAAAGAUCAAGGUAAAGACAAUAAGGCAAUAUCUACGUGCGAGAGAUAUGAUACUGAAAUGAACGUGAUCACUCCAAUGGCAAGUCUAAAAGUACCAAGAUAUAAUGCUGGUGUAUUAUUUGAUCAAGAAGCUCAAAUCAUCAUUGUGGCAGGUGGAGUUGGGAUGGAUGGAAAGGAAUUGGAUAGUAUUGAAGUAUAUGACAAGCUAUCAGACUCUUGGUACCUAUUAGAUAAUGUUAAAUUAUCAACACCUAAAAGAGGUAUAUUUUUAAUCAACGAUCAAUCAAAUGAUAGAGUACUUGUUUAUGGUGGUAAAUCAAAAAAUAACAGUAAUAAUAAUAAUAAUAAUAAUAAUAAUAAUAAUAAUAAUAAUAAUAAUAAUAAUAAUAGUUGUAAUGUUAUGUAUAGAAAUGAGAUUACAUAUUAUACAGAGAUUGAAUCGAUUUAUUUAACAAGAAAAUUAUGGGAAUCAAAUAAUAGUAUUAAAGGGUAUGGUAAUAUUGCAAAAAUAGACUUUGGUCAAUGUGUCUAUGACUAUGACAACAAUAUUACCUAUUUUAUUGGUGGUAAUGGUAACGAUCAACCAAACAACAAUAUCUUUAAAACCUUUCAUAAUAAUGCUACUGGGCCAAUCUUUCACCACAUUUUAUUUCACUGUCAUCACCAAGAUCAAGACAUUCUACUUGUCUCAUCCCACAUUUAA